AUGCGUCUCUCAACGACACUACUCGCGGGAGGUCUCCUCUCGAUGCAGAGCUUGGUCCUCGGCGCUGGUAUCUCAGGGACCUCUGGCUACACGCUGGUUCCCGUCUUCAACACUAAAAAACUAAGUGGGUCGGACUUGCUACCUACUGUCCAAGUCAUCAACACGCCGCUGGUCGACGACGACGGCGUGACGCGAGCUGCCAAAGGGCAUUUCGUCACCGCCGUCGACAGUACCUUGUUCAGUAUCUAUCCCCCAAUUCAGGGAUGCGGAUACGGUCUCACGACUACUUCGGCCGAGGCGAGAUACCGAGGAUGUAGCGUCGCAAUGAACAUGGGCUUCUUCGACAUCUCUAAUACGACCCAUCCGCAUUGUCUCGGCGCUGUGGUCAGCGACAACGUCUUAAUCGAGCAUGACGCAACUGGCACUGUUCACUUUGGUUUGACGAAUGACGGGAAUUGGUUUAUCGGUUACGUGGACAAUGAGUUCCUGGCCAGUCACACUCUCGCUUCUCUCGCUGAUCGAUGCGACUCUACUGGAUCUUGUGCAAAUGACGCUGACCUGCCGUGGUAUUUUCGAUCCCUCGCAUCUGGCCAGGUGCAGCUCGUCAACAAUGGGAAGAAUUAUGUCAAUGAGUCAAGCGGGGUGAACACUUUCACAACUGAAGUGUCCGGUCGUACCGCGAUCGGACUGCUGAAAGGCGGCCGCCUUGGUAUGGUUCAAAUCGACGGCAGAACCGGGCAGGAUGGAAUUGACCUUUUUACCCUCGCGGACGUGAUGGUCAACCUAGGAUUCACUCAGGCCAUCAACCUUGAUGGUGGCGGUAGUUCAACCACUGCAAUUAAUGGUGUGCUGGCUUCUUUGCCAAGCGACGGAUGUCCCGGCGAUAAGUCGGGAUAUUUUGGAUGCGAGAGGGCUGUCUCGACCAUUGUCUGUCUACAUUCCAGCCCACAGCAGCUUGUAUUUGGUGCAAUCUAA